UGCCCCUUGCUUUCUACCAAGGCGCCCUCCUCCUCUGAGUGUGACUUCAUUGAGGGUAGCGUUGGACAUUAAAGGGGUAGUGCUUAGUGGACGGUUUGGGAUUUAGCCCCCACUCAUUUAAAUCCAGCUCAAAUAUUUUACGACAUCGUGUGUCGUAUCUGUUUUCGGCUUUCCGGUAACAUGGCAGCUUUCUUGCUCUCGCAGAGUUGCGGUGUUACUCUGUAAUGAUGGUCAGUCGGGGGGAAACACACGGGCAGUCGGUCAGUAAUGCGAGUCUGUAGAGGAUGAUAAGAACGUGUUUGGGUCGGAUUUCCGCUCCGCUGUUUCUCAGAGCAGCUAACAUUCCUGAGCGCUGCGCGCGUGUGUGCCAGCUCGCGCCCGCACUAUGGCGGCACGGUCAACCACCUGGCACGGCGAGCCUGAGGUUCACGCAGCCUCGCCUCAGCGGCUCGUGGCUUUCCGCCCUGCAAUGGACCGAGCAUCGGGGCUCGUGUUUCUUCCAGGCGGUGAAACGAUCGGGAGUGGCGAACCAGAGAGGGUUUGGGAGGUCAGCGGCCGGACCGAGACCGCUGCUGCUCCCCGCAGCCCGGGGACUCUGCAGCAGAAAGAGCGAGGAGGCUCCUGGUGGCUCCGCAGCAGCAGACAAGGAGGCGGAACCAGGGCAGGGACUGUUCAAGUUCAAGGAGCUGUAUGAGAACCCGUGGACCGUGCCCAACCUGCUGUGCGUUUGUCGCAUUCUGCUGGCUCCAUAUCUGGGUUAUCUGAUCACCCAGCAGCACUUUGACCUCAGCCUGGCUCUCUUCAUUCUGGCUGGAGCCACUGACCUGUUGGACGGUUACAUCGCUAGAACUUGGCCCACCCAGAAGUCCGCUCUGGGCAGCGCUCUGGAUCCUCUGGCCGACAAGAUCCUCAUCAGUGUUUUAUAUGUGAGUCUGACCUUCGCCCAACUAAUCCCAGCUCCACUGACGGCUCUGGUGAUUUUUAGAGACGUCGGUUUGAUAGCUGCAGUCUUCUGGGUCCGAUACAAGACUGUUCCUCCACCGGUGACCCUUAGUAAGUUUUUUAACCCCUGCUACACUACAGCCCAGCUUAAACCCACACUCUUCAGCAAGUUCAACACAGCCAUCCAACUCUGCCUGGUCGCUGCCUCUCUGGCUGCUCCGGUCUUCCAGUACACCGACAGCAUCCUGCUGCAAUGCCUCUGGUAUGUUACAGCUGUGACCACAGCAGCAUCCGGAUACAGCUACUGGCACUACGGCCGGAAGACUGUUCAGCUGUUAAACGCCAGGUCUCCAUGACCCCGCCCCCCCAGGGCUACCCACGGCCCCCCCACUCCCAUAGGGAGCAAAAGGAAUAGAAGCAUCUUCUGCUGUGACAUCCAUCUGCUCAGGCAAAUGUUGAAGGGACAGGCAGACCGGCCGUCACCAGGAGCUCUGAAGACAAUUAGCCGUGACAUGGCCUUAAGGGUCGCCAUGGCAACUACGCAAAGAAAACAACGGAAGCCGCUGGAUGGUUUUAUCACGGAGACACUGAAACGGCAGCUCUGCCGCCGGGCUCAGAUAAAACUGCAAACAUAAAUAAAAAUAGAUCCUCGCCCACCCACACCCUGAAGCUCACACGUCAGUUGCAAGACAAAGGAUUCGACGAGGGAUUGUUAUGCUUCCUGUUUUUAUUUCCUUCAAUCAGCGGGAUGAAAUGUCCACCAAAUGAAUGUCUGAUCAGUGUUUAUUUUCUAAGCUGAUUAAAAUAUGUAUAUGUAGAAAUCUG